ACAGCAACAUGCGACUGAUUGAUGCCAAGAUGGUGACGUGGGACUCCGCCCGAUGGGUCAAUCUUCAGGUGACCGAAGCGAUCAGCCGCGUGUUGACAAGGGGUCGCAAAAAUGGCGGCUUCGAGGUGCACGUGCGAGAUAUGGAGGAGAACGUGCUUGAUGCAAAGACCAUAAUAGACCCAACCGUCUGCUCGAUGUCUACAGACUAUGAAUGCACGGAUGAAAUUUCCCCGUCGGACACCAGUUAUGAAGAGCCAGUCGAUCCAAACUUCUCUCCUGUAUUAGAGAUUACAACGACAACUACCAGCCGUUUGGAUCAUUCUUAAGAGUUUGCCAAUGCUGGAAUUCGAUCUCAAACGUUCAAUCAAGUGCGUUACAUAGUGAGUUAUUUUGAUGUACCCAAGGGUCAUAUCAUAGAUAAACUUCUAAUCAAUCCAGUCGAGUUUAACAAUAGUACGAUAUUCGGCGAUCGAGGUAUACCAAUCAGCGGAGUGUAGAUAGCAUAUUGCCAAGCUUGAAACCGGAUUCGUCGACAAAUCAUAAAGUUUGGAGGUGUACAUUUUUUGUGAUACUUUGUUACAUCAUGUUUAAAUUAGACUUGACAGGCGUGAAGCCUUUUCCUGCAUCUUACACUAAAAGUACACCAAUCAUUACAUUUUUUAGGCUAUGUUGCUUUUAAUGUAAGUAUAUGAGUGAACAGAAAUUGAUGUGAAGGUAUAUAAGCAUUUAUUGAAUGCAUUAUGCUGGUAUUGCGGCUAGCAUGUCUUCAGUCUUUAGUCUUCACGAUUUACACUCCAAAUAUAAUUUGUAAACAAUAAUGUUAGAUCGAAAGUAUGAUUUAAUAACCCAGUGCGUUUGCUUUUGAAGUAACGGACUUGUCGAUGUAGUGCUCCCUUGUUUAAAUCGGUCUAUUAUGGUUAUAACGCGUUGGACAUAAAAGUUAUAUCGGAUACUUUUUGUUUUGAUAUAUUACUUAACCCAUUAUGCAUAGAGGACUCUCCCAUCCUUCUAAAUUGAAUCAAUUUAUUUCCAAGAUCAGGGAUGUCUAGUAUAUUUAUUUCUAUAUUUAAAAUUUUUCUUGCAGAAAUUCCUUAAAGCAAACAGCACAGACCCUGAUGAGGCGUCUCAUCUGGAUCUACGCUGUUUGCCAAGUCCUUUUUUUCUAGACGCUAGGCAUAAAUGGGUUAAAAUGUAUUACUGACCAGUGUCAUGACAUUUUGUCUGUGUGUUAUUAAUGCAUUAAGCGAAUUACCCUACCAUGUACGCAAUAGAAAUGCAUUUUUAAACAUUUAAAAAUUAUUGUUGUGGUAUUUUAAAUGGUAAUACCAUUGUAGAAUAGACCAAUAUCUCAAUGAUGGAAACGGGAACAGUAUGUGCAUUAUUAUUGCAAUUUUACCAAUAAAACAUAUAGCCACUCGUUCGUCUACCUCACUUUCAUACUGUGAUUUCAUUGUCAUGCAUCGAAGCAUAGAAAUUAGAGCAUUUGUAUUGUUCCCUUUUUAUGUUACUUUAUUCAACAGUUGUAAAUAUUCGAAUUGAUCGUUUGUUAUUGAUAAGUGUCUUUUGUUUUAUUUAUGGUUAUUUAUUAUUUUGUCGAAUUAAGUAUUGUACAUAU